CCGAUGAUGCAACGGGAAUUGGGUUGUCGUUCCCUCCUUCAUUCUCUUCUCUGUUGCCGCCACCGACGGCCAUUUUGAUGCUCUACUUCUGCCCCUCUCUCUCUCACUCUUUCUCUUCUGUAAUCUAUCAUUUUUCAUCCUCUCUUCUCUGGUUUUUGGGUAUAUGUAUUAUUUUAAUUUUCGGCCAUUGAAGCUGAAGCUGCUCUCAUUCUCUUAGCGAUUGGGAUUUAGACGAUGACAAAAGCUCUGUUUCUGAUGUCGCUCUCUGUUUCUAGAAUGUUUAACGUGUGCAUGGAGCAAUGGAAGAUUGUGAUUGCUGCAACCUGUCCUCUGAAGAUUUUUGUGUAUGUUUAUGUAUUUUCUGGCCAUUGAAGCUCAAGCUGCUCUCUUUUCCAUGAGUACUUUUUUACUAUAUCAUACUGGUAUAGAUAGGCUCAGUUGUAGAGACAUUUUUGACGGCAUUCGAUCAAGUACAGUUACUUGGUCGUGUUCAUGCUUAAGAAAAGGCAUAAUUUUUGUUACUUCUUCUUCAAAGCCAGAAGAAAAAUAACAUCUUGUGCUCUUCCAUUUGUCCCUUCAAACUCCUCAAUAUCAACUGUUGCCAAUGACCACAUAUCUCUCUGCCUCUCAUCAGCAGAACAGCUCAUUCGACGUGGCUUGUUGUCCCACGCGCAGCAGUUCAUGAAGCGAAUUGUCAUGCAUUCUUCAUCAGAUUCAGAUGCUCUUUUGGUUUUCAAUUUUGCUAGUUCCCGUGGAUUGGAACUUGAUUUGGAUAGCUAUGGUGUUCUCCUAAGGAAGUUGGUUAGUUUGGGUCGGUAUCAGUUGGCUGAGUAUAUUUAUUGUAAAUUUAUUGGUAGCAGAGGUAUGUAUAAUGACCUGUCAAUCUUAAAUUCUAUGGUAAUUUGCUUUUGUAAAUUAGGAAAGUUAGAGGAGGCAAGAAUUCAUUUGGAUAGAAUUUUCACCAUGAAUUCUAUACCAUGCAAAGCUGCUUGUAAUACCCUUAUUCGGGAACUUUGCAGUCAAGAAAUGAUUUUAGAGGCAUUUGCUCACUUUGUUAGGAUUAGUGAUGCUAGAUUGUUCCUGGGUUUUUGGUCUUUUAACGUGUUGAUUGAUGGGUUGUGCAGUAAAGGAUAUAUGGAUGAAGCUCUUCAAGUAUUUAAUAUAUUGUGUCACAGACAUGGACGUUUACCUACAACUCAUUUGUACAAAACAUUGUUUUAUGGUCAUUGUAAUAGAGGGAAGGUCGUGGAAGCUGAGUUGUUAUUCAUAGAAAUGGAGUCUAAAGGUCUCUAUAUAGAUAAAGUAAUGUAUACUUCUUUAAUUAACGAAUAUUGCAAGAAUAAGGAAAUGAAGAUGGCAAUGCGGGUUUUCCUAAGAAUGCUGAAGAUGGGUUGUGAUCCAGAUGCUUUUACAUGCAACACGCUGAUUCGAGGGUAUAUGAAGUUGUGCAUGUUUGAUAAAGGAUUGGCCAUAAACAAGCUAAUGACAGAAUGGGGAGUGCAACCUAAUGUGAGUGCUUUUGGCAUUAUGAUCAGUGAGUACUGCAAGAAUGGAGAAAUUGAUUAUGGUUUGAUGCUUUUGAACAAAAUGGUUAGUUUUAAUUUAACCCCCAGUGUACACUGUUACACAAUUUUGAUCAAGGCCCUUUUAGAAAAGAACAGAUUGUCGGAAGUAGAUGAAUUGUACAACAGCAUACUGGACCGAGGGGUUGUUCCAGAUCAUAUAUUAUUCUUUGUCCUAGUGAAGAAGUGUCCUAAGGUGCACUAUCUUGAGCUUGCUCUUAAGAUUUUGCGAGCUAUUGCCAAAAAUGGUUGUGGGUUUGACCUUUCUCUGAUAUUAUACCCAGCUAGUCAGAACCCAUCCCAAGAUGUGGAGCAAGAAAUUCAUGUCUUGCUUGGAGAAAUUGCAACAAGCAACUUGAAUUUGGCUACUAUGGCAGUCAAUGUGUAUAUUCAUGCUUUAUGUAUGGAUGGAAAUUUAGAUGUUGCUUUGCACUGGUUUGAUAGAAUGAGAAAUCUUGGAUGCCUUCCUUCGCUUUUCACCUACAAUACCUUGAUCAAAUGUUUUUGCCAGGAGGAACUUUUUGAGUAUGCAGUGUCCUUAAUUGACUUAAUGGAAGGCAAGGGUAUAGUUCCAGACCAAGCUACUUAUUUAGUAAUCAUAAAUGAAUGUUGUAAACGGGGUGAUCCUGAAUUGGCCUUUCAUGUUAUGGAUGACAUGGACGGUCGAGGGAUGAAACCUGGUGUUGCUAUUUAUGACUCAAUUAUAGGUUGUCUAAGCAGAAGGAAAAGAAUUUUGGAUGCAGAAAAUAUGUUUAAGAGGAUGCUUGAGGCUGGUGUCGGUCCUGACGAAGUUGUAUAUUCCACAAUGAUUAAUGGUUAUUUGAAUAACGGAAGAGCAACUGAAGCCCAUCAAUUGUUUAAGAAAAUGGUGGAUAAUUCUAUUUGGCCAAGUUUGCAUUGUUACACUGCCCUUAUAAGUGGAUUAGUGAAGAGAAACAUGACUGACAAGGGAUGUGAGCACCUUGAUAGGAUGUUGAAAGAUGAUCUUUUGCCAAAUGCUGUGUUGUAUACUUCUCUUAUCAAUAAUUACUUGAAAAAGGGUAGGCUUGAAUUUGCUUUCAGAUUAGUUGAUUUGAUGUGCAAGUGCCAGUUUGCCUUCGAUCACAUCAUGUGUAUCUCAUUGGUCAGCGGCGUGUGCAGAAACAUCAUGAGUACUAGGGGAAAAUGGCACUUACAAAGUAGAGAGUCUGACAUGGCAAGAGAGAAGUUGUUCGGUUUGCUCCAUAAGAACACUCACAUGCCAAAGGAGAACAGUUUAAGAGUUUCUGCGUCUUCUUUUGAGGAAAAGAAAUGCCUUGCAAUGAAGCUGAUCCAGACUAUUAUUGAAAAGACUAGUUCUAUGCAAAAUUUGUACCUGUACAAUAGUAUCAUUUCUGGAUAUUGUUAUGCAGAAAAAAUGCAGGAAGCAUAUGGUCAUUUUGAAUUGAUGCAGAGAGAGGGUUUGCAUCCCAAUCAAGUAACUUACACCAUUCUUAUGGAUGGGCACCUUCGAUCCGGUGAUAUCGACAGUGCCAUAGGAAUUUUCAAUAAGAUGAAUGCAGAUGGUUGUCUUCCAGAUAGAAUUGCAUACAACACUUUGCUGAGAGGACUUUGUAAGGCUGGAAGACUACUUGAAGCCUUGUCACUCUCAUAUGCAAUGCAUAAGAGGGGAUUUUUUCCAAAUAAAGUUUCUUAUGACAGUUUACUCAACUGUUUUUGUGCUAGCGGUUUGGGUAAUCAUGCCUUUAAGAUAUUUGAAGAAAUGGUUGCCCUUGAUUACAUGCCUUGCCAGUUUAACUCUCAGUGGUUGUUGUGCAUGUUAUACAAAAAGAAUAAAUUGCGUGAAGCUCUUAUAGUUAAUGAGAUGCUUGUUGAGAGAGGAAAACCCUCAAAAUACAACAAAGUGACUUUUAGUUAAAUGUGGAAGCAUGUUAAAAGUAAUAAUUGCCUUUGCAUGCCAAGAAUCAAGUGGAAGAGUAUAUUCCUUUGUUAUGGAACAUGCAUUUUUCUUGUUCGAUUCAAAAAAAUCUGAGAUUGGUGAUAGGUGUUGACAAGAAAUGGAGUCUGUGUCCUCCUUCCUGUUUGCUUGCUAAAGAAGUCGUUGGUAUGACUCUGAGGGAUAUAUUCCUUUGUUAUGAACCAUACAUUUUCUUUAUUUGAUUCAAAAAAAUCUGGUGAUAGGUGUUAGAUGAGAAUUGAUGGAGGCUGUGCUCUUCUCCCUGUUUGCUUGCUAAAGAAGUUGUCAGCAUGACUCUUGAAGAAAAUUUGUGAAUUGAGACAGAUGUGUAGGUUCAGAACUACUGUUCCCUCCAACUGCUAUUUGUUAAGGCCAUUGAAGAUAGACCCUUUUUUUGAAAUGGCUAGGGUCCACAACUGAUGACUCUGUUCCCUUCAUUAUAAUGGUUAAAGUAUAUUCAAGUUGGUAGAAAGCGUACUGGUAAUGCAGCAGCAGCUAGAAGCAUCUGGCUUUUGCUUGGUGUUGUCUCAAAAUGGGGAAAAGCUGGUCUUGAAGUUGAAGGUCUUGCCAAAUGCCCAUGGAUAAUAUUUUUAUGGUCUCCAGAGGAAAUAUUUAGUCCUGGAACCAGAUUUUUAUUUAUUUGUUGUUUGAGCUUCAAUAAUACAUUUUUGGUAGUAUUUUAGCAUUAUAUUUUGAGGGAAGAUUUAACUUGUAAAAUUUUUUAACUUACUUUUGAGGGAUGUCAGUGUAAGUAACGAGGUCUAUAUUCUGAUAAAGAAUUUCUUAUUUGGUCA